CCCGCGCUCAGUUAUCCAUGCAAAGCCCUGAAGACGGCCUCCUGAAGUCUGCAGCUCAAGCAAACAGAAGGAUCGAGAAAGCGGCAUACAGUGGGGGCUGUUCCGCCAAGGACAGCCUUGCUGACGAUAUGUAAUAAGCAGCGGCCCGUCUUGUCGCAUAUCUCUGUGUGUUCUUCAUUGUUCUUCGCUGCUCCAAUUCAUACCAAUCUCUACGAAAAAUGAAGUUCACACUCUCUCUGGCCGCUUUCAUUGGCGCCGCCCUAUCUUACAAGCCCUGCGAUAAAGGAACACCUUUGUGCUGUUACGGCAACGAUCAAUACCCAGGCCCUCAUUGCUAUGCUCUAGGUGCGUGCUCGCUUCCCAGUGAACCGUCUUAUAUACAACAUACGGCUAACAUGUUUGUUACUCUCUCGCAGAGAACAAAAACCCUGCCAGCUAUGAUGACUUUGCUGCCGAAUGCGCGACACAUGGCGCAGUGGAUCCGCGCUGUUGCGACUUUCUCACCGGCAGCACUGUACAGCUUCAGUGCACGCCUGCGAACCACGCUGAAUCUCCAAGCUGUAGCCGGUAAUAACGACUAAUGUAGACUAGAGGAUAAAUUAAUUGCAUUUUGAUGAUAAG